CCACCUUAAGCACCUAUAUAUAUUAAAAAUUGUUUCACCUCUAUGACCUUAACCAUCCAUCUUCAAUAAAAAUCAUCCUUCUUAACCAUGGCUCUGAAAGUUAUUGCCCUUCAAUUAAUAGCAUCAUUGGCUGCAUUCUUGCCUACAACUAUCCCCGCCAAUCUCAGUUAUCCGGCAUUGUUUAACUUCGGCGAUUCGAAUUCAGACACCGGAGGCCUCAAUGCAGGAAUUGCUUUUCCUAUUAAACGUUUCUGCAAUGGCUAUUUGAUCAUUGAUUACCUAAUGAAUGAAAUGGACCUACCAUUUCUGAAUCCAUACUUGGAUUCUGUUGGUGCACCAAGCUUCCAAACAGGAUGCAAUUUUGCAACUGCAGGGUCUACUGUUCUUUCAGCCAAUGCAGCCUCAAUAAGCCCCUUCUCCAUUGGAAUUCAGGUUGCUCAAUUUGGCAGAUUCAAGGCAAAAGCUCUUGAGUUACUAUCUAAAGACAAGAAGCUUCAAAAUGUCCUCCCUUUCGAAGAUUAUUUCAAGCAGGGCCUUUACACAUUCGAUGUAAACGAGCCAAGCUGAGCCGAAUCUUGGGCUAUAAGCCAAGCCAACCUUUUGGGCUCAAACUUUUUGUAGGGCUUGCAAUAUGAUUUUAACGUUUUAGCCCACCCCAAACAGGGCGGCCACUGAAACUUGCCUGAAUAUGAAUAUUUCUUGGUCAUUAAG